AUGGGUACUGUGCCUGUUGUGUUUCUGGAGAUGGUGAUUGGACAAUUUUCUGAAAGGGGGCCAGUUGAAGUUUGGAAUUUGUGCCCAGCAUUUAAAGGUAGGAAGACACUCUGGGUCAAAAGCAGCAUUCCAAGUUGGUUCGUGUACUACUUCUACGCGUCAUUCUCCAACCCCCUACCUUGGGCUCACUGUGGCAAUGAAUGGAACACUCCCUCCUGUAUCUCACAGCAUGCUGAUGUCAACACAACGACAGGGCUCAACAUGACGGAAGAGGUUACCAUCUACACCAUGGCCAACCACACUGCAGACAUCAAUGGUACAGUGGCUGGAAUGACAGCGGCGGAGGAGUUCUGGAGAUUUCAGGUUCUGCAAAUAACAGAUGGCUUAGAAACCAUUGGGACUAUAAGACUGCCUCUACUUAUUUGUUUGGCUUUCACCUGCUCAUUGAUAUUCCUUUGUGUAUUUCGAGGAAUCAAAGUAACUGGGAAGCUAGUUUACGUGACGGUGGCAAUACCUUGUAUUCUUGUGACCAUCUUCCUCAUCCGGGGAUGUCUGCUGCCGGGAUCAGCAGAUGGAAUAUAUUUCUAUAUCGUUCCAAACUUUGAAAUCCUGUCAAGACCUCAGGUGUGGAUUGAAGGAUGUAAUUUCGCUCUUUAUUCUCUUGGUCUCGGCAUGGGGUCCAUCGUGACUUUGUCAAGCCACAGUAAAUUUCGAAACAACUGUUUCAGAGAUUCCAUAAUUGUCUGCAUUGGAGACAUGCUAGUUACACUUCUCAUUGGAUUUGCCUUCUUUGCCAUCAUCGGUCAUGUUGCCUACCAGAGGGGGGUAACUGUGGAAGCAUUUGAAUCUUCAGGAUUCAAUCUUGCCUUUAUCGUCUUUCCGCAAGUUUUGAAUUACCUCCCCUUGCCGCAGUUGUGGUCUGCCUUGACGUUUCUGACGCUGAUCACCCUUGAACUUGAUACUCUGGGCGGGAUGUACGUGUUGACCCUCGUGGACUGGUUCGCCUACUUCCCGUCGAAUGUCCUCUUCUCUACCCUUGAAUGCAUCGUGGUUGGAUGGUGCUAUGGUACGGACAGACUACAACGCGACAUCAAGUCGAUGUGGGGGAAGGCUAUCCCGCGGAUUAUGAUGAUAGCCAUCAAAUGUGUGUGUCCGAUGUUGUUGGUGGUAGGUGAUUAA